GACAAGAUGGGAAGCUGUGGGCAGAGGAUGCCCUGAAAGCUGUCGUAUUUUUAACCACGUCUGACCUUAGCUCUCACCGCGACGUGCCGCGCCGCGACGCCAGUAAGUGCAGUGUUCACGUCCAGACCAUUGGAUAACCACGCUAUUAUUCACCAAGGUACAUCUGAGGGAGACAAGAGCCCAGACUGGCCGAGCUGUCGACCUACAGGGUAAUGGCCACGGACCGCGAGGAGAGUCCCGACCUCGACGGCGUGGGCUACAUCGAGGAGGACCAUCCCUUACGGCCAUCGUUGGCUGCCCAAAGUAUUGCCUUGUUACAAGUGCCUGAUAGAGAACGUACGCGCCAUGUUUCUGUCGUCUCCAACACCGACCAGGAUGUGCCCAUCUUUCCUCGCGAGACCAUCUACAGGCCCACCAGGCAGAAGGGAUUGAAUGGACGACUGGUGUUUGCCAUUGCAGCAGCGGCUGUGGGCUCCUCCUUCCAGCAUGGCUACAACACAGGAGUUGUCAAUGCUCCGCAAAAGUUGAUUGAAGAUUUCAUCAGAAAUGUAAUGGCAAAUCGGACAGGCGGAACUACAACAGUAGCAGAGAUCUCGCAGGAGUCUGUGACAAUGAUCUGGGCUAUUGCAGUGUCCAUCUUCUGUGUGGGAGGCAUGAUUGGUGGGACUCUUGUGGGCUACGUCGCCAAUACCUUUGGGCGUAAGGGUGGUUUACUCUGGAACAAUGUCUUUGUCUUUGUGGCUGCUUUACUUCAAGGAUUUUCAAAAAGCGCCAACUCAUACGAGAUGAUUAUUGCUGGACGGUUUUUCAUCGGUAUAAACUCAGGUCUGAAUGCUGGAUUGGCUCCGAUGUACUUGGCAGAGAUUUCACCAGUCCAUCUUAGAGGAGCGGUUGGUACCACUUACCAGUUGGUCUUAACCAUAUCCAUCCUCAUCUCUCAAAUUCUGGGUCUCGGUUCUGUCUUGGGCACUGUUGACCUCUGGCCCAUGUUGCUGGCUGCAACUGCUGUUCCUGCAAUCUUCAUGGUCUUUGCUCUACCUGUUUGCCCAGAGUCACCCAAGUACCUUUUGUCUGGAAAAUCGCAAGAACUGGAGGCACGUAGAGCUUUAUCAUGGUUCAGAGGUACCAUUGAAGUGCAAGAUGAAAUGGAAGAAAUGAAAGCAGAAAACGAACAAAUAAAACUCGUGCCAAAAGUGACCUUAAAGGAAAUGUUUAUCAAUCCCUCACUACGCAUCCCUCUAAUGAUUGCAAUGGUCAUUAUGAUAGCUCAACAACUGUCCGGAAUCAAUGCGGCAAUGUUCUUCUCUACCGAGAUAUUCAGGAUGGCCAGUCUCAACGAGCGAGAUGCUCAGUUGGCAACCCUGCUCAUGGGAGCUGUGAAUGUGUUAAUGACACUAGUGUCUCUGGUAGUUGUGGAGAAAGCUGGGCGGAAAACUUUACUGCUUGUUGGUUUUGGAGGAAUGUUCAUUGACACAAUUCUUCUAACACUUGGUCUUGUUUCUGUUAAAAACCAUGCGUGGGUGUCAUACUUCUGCAUUGCUUUCGUACUUCUCUUUGUCAUCAUGUUUGCUGUUGGUCCUGGCUCAAUUCCUUGGUUCCUUGUCAAUGAAUUGUUUAACCAAUCAGCUCGUCCCACCGCCUGUAGUAUUGCAGUCACUACUAACUGGACAGCAAACUUCUUUGUUGGUCUUGGCUUUCUACCUUUGAAGGUCAUUAUGGAAGGAUAUGUUUUCCUUAUUUUUGUUGUUCUUCAGGGGAUUUUCUCAUUUUUCAUCUGGAAAAAAGUACCGGAGACCAAAAACAGAACCAUUGAAGAAAUUUCAGCAAUGUUUAGGCAAAUUUCUUAUCAGUAAAAUGUUAUCUGUUACCAAAGAAGAAUUCAAAAUGCUUUUUGUCUUGUUGUAAAUAAUAUUUAUUUAUAGCAUAGAUCUCAUCAAUAACUAUUGUUUUAAAACAAAUCAGAAAAUCCAAGUUUGUAUUAACAUUCCCAAAACAAAACAACACUAUCUAAUUUAUUUUUGAUAUUUAAUUAGAAAUCAGAAAUGGCAGAUUAAUAUGAAAUGCAUAAUAUCAUAUUUAACACUGUCCACUAUUUGUAAAAAAAUAUUAAACUUCACAUGUGUUUUUAUUUCUAUAUUAUUUGUUUACACUUUAUAUUAUAUUAUUAUAUUCAUGAAUAUCAGUACAUUUUUUGAAUUAAAUUUAAU